AUGAGUUCAGCUGAGAAAUCGGAGAAUCUUGUGUCCCCAAAAAACCAAGAGGUGGUAGAUCUUUAUGAUAGCUAUGUGGCUGGAGGCUUUGCCCCUUAUCCAGUUGCCCUCGUUAGGGCCCAAGGAUCUAAAGCAUGGGAUGUGGACGGGAAGGAGUACGUCGACUUUCUUUCGAUGUACUCAGUCACGAACUUUGGCCACAGCCAUCCCAAGAUCGUCGCUGCCGCUGUUAAAGCCGCAUCCGAGUGUGCUGUGGUGAAUAUGCCAUUCCAUAAUCCAUACUAUGGGCAGCUGGCGAAACGACUCCACGAUCUGUUCGGUUACGACAAAUUUGUGGCGCUGACAAGUGGUGCUGAGGCCGCAGAUGCUGCGGUCAAAAUCGCUAGGAAGUGGGGUUACCUGCAGAAGCAGAUCCCAGAAGGAGAGGCGUGGGUCUUGACGGCCGGCCGUUGCUACCAUGGGGUGACUCUGAGCACGGUGGCGAUGAGGAGUGAGCACCAGAAAAGCCGUCUGUAUGGACCAUUCAUGCCAAAGGUCGGACCAAUAUCGCCCUCCGGCAGAGAGGUUCGCUUUGGAGAUAUCGACGACGUCCGGGAAGUGUUCGAGGCGGACGGUGAGAGGAUCGCCGCGUUCAUGGUUGAGCCAAUUCAAGGAUCGGCUGGCGUCAUUGUGCCACCAUCGGACUACCUCAAGCACGUCGAGGAGCUUUGCCAGAAACAUAACAUUCUCUUCAUCGCUGAUGAGGUACAGUGCGGCCUUGGGAGGGCUGGUGCGAAUCUAGCCCACCACAGGGACGGUGUACGUCCUGAUUUGGUGAUCAUAGCAAAAGCUCUGGCAGGAGGGGUGAUGGGUGACAACCGCACUUUAAAUUUGCUGGACCCUUAUGAGUAUGCCCAUGGCUAA